CAACAACAUCAGCUGUCUGCGCCGCAAAUGCCUUGUCUCAAGCAGCCGAAGCCCAUUCCGAACUACGGCCCAUUCCCAGCCCCAACAUCCACGCCAUCAGCAACACCAGAACCACAUUCGCCCGGUGAUGGGCGGCGGCGGUGGCGGAGGCGGUCCCAUCAGCCCAAGUUCGUAUCGUUCGGACUGUCUACCGACUUGAUGGCAUCGAUUACGGCCUGUGCCGCUUCGCAAAUGCGAAUGCCCCCUCAGCAGCAACAGCAGCAGCAGGUUGUAGCGGCGUUGACGACGGACGGCAGCAGCACGGUGUGCUCGUCGACAAGCCAGGUCAGGCCGCAGCAUGUGCACCAUUCCAACCCGGCCGAGUUCCAGUAUCAGUGGUUCAUCAAGCUCGAAUAUUUUGCGCCAGGUUCCGACGCUAGCGUCGACUCAACACCCGCAUCAACAGCAGCAGCCGCAGCCGCAACUAUCGUGUAGGCGUCGCCCUGACCGGUGUCCGCGAGGACUUUAGCAGUGGCGAAGAAGGUCGAGCGAGGUGUUCCCGCUGAACAAGCUGGCGGCGUUUCCGCCGGAGGAGAUCCGGAACAUGCUGAGCGUCGAGCAGAACCCCGAGUGGACCAGGGAGAACAUUAUGGCCUACACGAUAUAAAAGCAAUGGCCUCGAAGCACUCCACUUUAUUGUAUUUAUUAUCAUAUUGUGAAAGCAGUCUUUUUCAUUAAUUUAUUGUACAGAAUUUCAAUAAAUAAACACGUUCAAUCUAA